AACUUUUGAAUUCGUAAAAUAUUGUGUAGCCACCUGUGCGCCUGCGGUUUUGAGAGGUAGCGGGAGAGAGAAGCACCAUACUGAUUCUUCUUCUUCUUCUUCUUCAGCAAUAGCAUUACCAUGGUCAUCGCUGAUUCUGACUACGAAGGUCCUGCAAUCGAAGCCCUCGGUUCUCUCUUCAAGAUCACCCAAGUCUUUCUCUGGGAUGAUGGCCUUCAACUUCCAUUAUCAACUCAACAAUCCAAAUUCACCCAAGAACCUCAUGACGAUGACGCCGCAGACCCUCUUCCUGAUUGGAGUGACCUUAUUCUACCCGAGGAUUUGGAACUUAACAAGGAGAUGAAUGAAUUGGGGCUCCCUCUUUCCUUUCAGACAACCAAGCAGUCUAUCAUGUCACAGAAAUGUGGAACAGUAAAAGGCAAAAGAAAGGGUGCACGUUCAAAGCAACAACAUCCUUCUCAUGAUCCUGUAGCUGAAACUCUAUAUGAAGCGAAUGUGGAGGAAGUUGCAUCUCUUGCUGAAUUUCAUGAUAAAACAAACAGUUCUAUAUCUUGUAUAUCAAUACUAGGCCAAAGUGAAUCAUCUUACUGUGAUGGUGCAGUGGAAGUUGAUAUGACCCAUUGUGCCUCUGGUGAAGGAGAAUUAGAAUCGCUUCCCACAUGUUCAGAAGGGAGUGGAUGUGACAGAAUUGAUGGGUCAAAUUAUUGCAGUGAACAUGGAGAGUGGAUGGUGCUCUGGGAUACUUUCUAUAAGAGAAGAUACUUUUAUAAUGUCACAACGGACUCUUCUACAUGGGACCCACCUCCAGGGAUGGAACAUCUAGCAAUUGGUGGGUCUACUGAAUCAGAUGAUAAUGAAGCUCUAAAAUCAGCAGAGGACCAUGGAACACAAAAUAACAAUGAACCACCUGACGAAACCUGGAUUGAAGAGAACGCAUCAGGAAAGCCACAUGAAGGUUAUUCAGCUCAGACUGGAGUUGCUGCUGGCAAUUUUGUCUUUGAAAUGGCUACAAAUAAUGAAGACCAAUCCAUUGAUCAUUCAGAUGAGAAUUUCGAGAGUAGUUGCAAUGAUGGAGUUUCAUGUUGCUCAGUUUUAAAUGCCCUGGAUCAUAUCAUUAGCUCUAAUGGAAGAUACAUUCAAGAAGAACCAGAGGUUGAUCAUACACCCAUGGAAAACAUGGUAAUUGAUAUUUCUGAAUUGGAUACCGAAUCUGAUCCUUCUACGUCAAGAAAGGAAAAGAAAACGAAAAAGAUAAGAAGACAAAAGCAGAGGAAGUUGUAUAAUGAAACUGAAGAUCUUCACUUUCAAAACAUACCUGAAGCUUAUUCUGCUACGAUUGGCAAAUAUUGGUGUCAGAGGUAUAUUUUGUUCUCUAGAUUUGAUGAUGGUGUAAAAAUGGAUGAGGAAGGAUGGUUUUCUGUCACUCCUGAGGCAGUUGCUCGGUAUCAAUCAAUACGCUGUGCUAGUAGCACUAUAAUUGACUGUUUCGCUGGCGUUGGUGGGAAUGCUAUCCAAUUCACGCAACGGUGUGGGCAUGUAAUUGCAAUUGAUAUUGAUCCAUUGAAGAUUGAUUAUGCGAGACAUAAUGCUUCUAUUUAUGGGGUGGAUGAUCAAAUUGAAUUCAUAAUUGGUGAUUUUUUCCUCUUGGCGCCAAAGUUAAAGGCUGAUACUGUUUUCUUAUCUCCACCUUGGGGGGGACCUGAUUAUGCUAAGGUUGCGACUUAUGAUAUGAAGACAAUGCUUAGACCACAUGAUGGAUAUACUCUCUUCCAUGUUGCAAAGGAGAUUGCUCCCAGAGUUGUUAUGUUCCUUCCAAAAAAUAUAAAUUUUAAUCAACUGGCAGAAUUAUGUCUAUCUGCCUGUCCGCCAUGGUCACUAGAGGUGGAGAAAGUGCAUUUAAAUGGAAAAUUGAAGGCGAUCACGGCAUAUUUCAGUGAUACAGCUGUUGGAGGGUGCUGAGUUAAACCGAUUCAGAAACGUAGCUGAGGUGGUUUUGAAGUUAUGCUCCUGUUAUUUUAAACUUGUUUUCCACAGCAUUUCUAACUUAUUAUCCAGAAUAUCACACUACUAUCCUAUUUUAACUUUGUGACACUAGAUGUACAGAGAGAAUGGUCUGGGGGAUUCUAUGAAUUCUGGUUCACAUGGAGAUUAAAAAGCUGGGUUGGUGGCGACAAAAAAUAUUUAUUUUUUGGUAUGUUUGGAUGUCUAAUGUUGGGUGGAAAAAUGAAGAGACUGUCAUUAAUGUGACCUCCAACAAUUGUAAAGUAAAUUCAAUGUGUAUAUAUUUCUUCUGCCUUUCUACCGAAUAGUUGUACUAUGACAUCAACCGUUAGAUUAGAAGUUACUUCCGCAUAGAUCAUAUUUAACACUCUAGAUUUUAUUUUUUUGUUAAUCUAAAGUCUUAUAUCUGA